UCUACAAGUGAAACCAGUGAGAGCUGUCAAAACUAGAGGAGUCCUCUGUUUAAAAAACGGCUCGAUAAAAAGGAGAUGUACACGUAUACGUAGAUAUACACGUGUGUGUGUGGUAUACAAAAAAAGAGUAAACAUGAUAGGUUCGAAGGCGACAGCUGCGUUGAUGCGGUUGAAGGAGAUGGAUAGGAAGUACAACAUUAAGUGCAACGAGAGCAAACGGGGACAGUGUAACGUGAGCACCGAAAGUUCCAUCGAAGACACACCGAAGACACACCUUCGAUUCGACUCGAAAAUUUCCGACGACGAGAAAUGUGGCAUCGUUGAGACGUUUGUCGCCGCCGACGCUGGAGAUAAAGCCAGGUCGAAGAGUUCCCCUAAUUGUAAGUCUAAGAUAGAAGUGAGGAUGCCGAGUCUCGUCGGAAAAGGCGACGAUGUCCCGAACAGUACAGCUGGAUCCGGACCGAAGAAUUCGUCUGAGGAUUUUUGUACGAUCAGCAUUAAAACUUCUCUGGCGGACGAGGAUACGGAUGUUCAGUUGAAAGAAAGAUAUAUCUCGACCGGAAAAAAAUCACCCAGACCCGUCUCAAACCUAAACUCCACCUCGAGGGAAUAUAAUUUUCAUGCCGAGGACAAAGUUCAAGUCCAGACACCAGAAUCUGUGAAUCUUGCCAAAAACGAGCAAUCUUCGAUUGCUACUAUUCUUUCCGAAACCUCGGAUGGUUCUGAAAUACAGUCAGUCAUCGUUUCAGAGGCAAUUGAGUCGGUGGACGUCGACUCAAUGACAAGAAGAAGCCGCAGAAAGCCAAACACGUCACAAGAGCCUAUGGUGCAAAACAGCAUUAAAAAGUCGAACAUUGGGGAUGAUGGAGUAACCAUAGACCAAGUCCUCGGGACAAGCGACGAAAGGAGCGAGAUCAUCUCAGAGCUGUCCAAAGCAAUGAACGAGGUCGGAGAUUUAUCAAAGGAGUCAUCGAAGGAAUACGAGAGCGACACGUUCGAAGAGGAUUUCAGUUCCACGGCCUCGUUGAGUUCUAUGGAGAACCGGUCGAUGAAGGCAUCAACGGAAAAGCCAGUCCGGAUUACGAUUAGGUCUGGUGUGAAGCAAAUCAUGAUUACAAGCCACAAGCGAACCGAGAGUGUGCAGAAGACUGUGACUGACGAUAGCCUCGGAGACGGUUCGUCCAAAGUGAAAGAGAUCAUCGAACUGGUCCCGCCGAAAAUAAUGCAGAACACGAGCGAGUGUGAUAUCGAGCUCGACGAGGAGCUAUCGAAUUACGUCAAGACGACGGAGUACGUCGACCAAGUAACGCCGAUCACGCUCUUGAAAACAUCGAAGCAGACAACGUCGACGCAUCCGCGGAAGCAGCCGCGAAGGAUUAAGAGACACCGGAAGUCGUCCAACGAAAACACGGACGAGUCACGGGAGAAGAGUGAAUCUCCCGUGGUUUCUGUUCGCGAGAGUUUAACGAAACACAAGGAAAACAAAAACGAGGAUAACGUGUUACGAGAAAACAACUUGUCAGAGAUCGGGAAAAUCGCAGAGCAAAAGAACGAAAAAGAAUUGGAAACAUUGGUGAAAGCAAGCGAUAUCAAAACCAUUGAUAUGGAGAGGGGGGCAUCAGAGAAUGAUGUACGAAACGUGGAAUCAAAUACCAUUUCCAGCAAGGUACUUUUGAGAGAAACUCCGAAAACUUCAGACGUCACAUGCACAUUGCGAGAACUGAACAGAGAUGCGAUUGACGCCAUUAUUAGGCGACGCAGGACCAUUCGCGCACCGAGGAACGCUCAUGAUAAAUCUAGAAAUUGCCAAAAAUGUGGGACCAUAGUAAGGCUGCCAUUGGCUGCGUAUCAGACAGUUGAGAACGACGAGGCUGAUGAUAAUGCGACUGGCUCUCUAGAAAAUUUGAAGGAAUCCAGUAAAGAGCAAAGGAGCAACAAGAGGAACAAAGUGAAAAGAGGAUCCAAAUCGUCGAAAGUCAGGAAACCGUCGGCGUCGAGCCGCGGGAAAGUGGAGGAAAAGCAUUCGCGAUUCGACUGCAGACAAUCGCAUCGUCUGCGAAAGCAAGCUGCUGCCCUGAGGCUGCAGCAAGAACGCGAGGACAUCCGUAAUUACUUGCUGGAACUGGAACGCACGCGAUUAGAAUUCGGCCCCGGAGAUGCGAUCGCGUCUUCCAAGCUGGCUUCUUUCAAACCGCUCGAGUUCCCAAAAAUUGCAGCGUUCGUAAAACCUGAAUUGGCGGACGUCAGCUUAAAAUCCCAAUUCGAAGUUUCUGAACUGCAAGAGAGAAUAACGACGAUUAAACGGUGGCUGAGGGAUCAAUACGUCCUAUAUAGAGACUACAGCAGCCUAGCCCAAACGGCGAAUGCAAAAUACAUUCCUGCGAGUUUGGAGGAUGCGAAAAGGACGAUCCGCCAGCUACAGAAAGCGACGAUUAAGACCAGGUGACCGACCACUUGUGCCGAGCUUUCGACAGAGAGACUCCGACACGUGCGACACGAUUCCUCUACGUAACAAAAGUGAACGGUGUAAGUUGCAAAACGAUGUACUUCCUUGAUGUGAUUAUACCUUAACGCAUCGCAUCGAUUCGUUGUUUUCACCCUUGUACCGUAUGAAACGAGUUUAACGUAAAAAUUAAUCGUACGAUUGUUUUGAUUUCUCCUAAAUAACUUAAAACUUUUAAAUAAA